AUGGCCUGUGUGGAUGUGCGUUUCAAAUGCAAAUCUAGGAGUGAUCAGUGAUAAGUGGGUUGUGUACAAAAUAUUGCAGUACAAGUGUUGAUGUGGGUGUGAUUUAUCCGUUAAACCCAAUUGGAUAAGAAUAAUACAACACUGGCAGGAUGGUUAUCAGCCAUACAGUCCAUUGCCUCUGAGAAAAUGUCUUUACUUGCUCUUCCUGAGGAAAUGUUGGAAGUCAUUCUGCUUUAUGUUGAUGUGGAAGACAUAUUGAAUGUGUUAACAGUGGUAGGGAAUAGGGGAAGUGAAGGCUUCUGGAAAAGAGUAUCUUUGAAAAAUGGAUACAAGAAGUUACCUGAAGACACAGAGUGGAAAUGCGUAUUUCUCAGGAAUGUAAAUUGGCUUAAAGGAUGUUUUGUGGAACACGAGUACAAUAUAAGUGAUUUGUCUAAAGAUAAGCCCAUUGGUAGAAAUGAGUACGGACAAAUAUGUCUCGAUUGUGAUGAUUCUAGUACCCAUCAAACAACCUCUGAAAACUUCAGGGACAGUAUUUUUCUUAAGAGUCAUACAUUAAUUUUUCAAAAACAUAAUGAAUUGUUAGUUAUGGAUGUUGAAACCCCUAAAAAUCUAUUACAAAAGCUUCCCGGAAAAAGUGUAAACUGGUGUAACGCAAGUGAGUCUAAAUUGCUUGUAAAAACACCAAACUCGCUAACAGUUUACUCUUUGAAUGCAUUUAAUUAUGAGGAAACGUUUGUUUGGGAUUUGGACUGUGGUUUUCCUCUGCCUCGCUUUUUCCUUUCAGAUGAUUACUUCGUGGGUCUUACUCUAAGUAAGGAAAAGUGCAUGACAGUUGUUAAUUUAAACACCUUGGAAAAGUACUCCCAACCAUUUAGUGAAAAGGGUGAACCUUGCUCUUUUGAUGUGUGUGAUCAUAUUUUAAACUUUAUCUGUUUAGAUGGACAACAUUAUGUGCUGAGAAGGUUUCAUCUACAGAAGAGAGAAAAGUUGAAAGAGGUCCAUAUGUUUCAAAAUGCAGCAAUGAUCCAAAUCCCACAGAUCCGAAUCAACCAGAGAGCCUUUGUAAGCUGGGCAGUUGCAUUAGAUAAUUGGAGUACUAUGUUGUUGAAAUGUUGGAGAUCGCAAGAUUCAACACAUGAUUCAUUCAAUGUGGUUAAGACUACAUUCCUUGGCAAGUCUCAGCAAAUUCUAUGGUUACUGUUAGAAACUGAUUAUGUUAUCUUUUCCACAUCCAAAGAUGUGGUUUCCAUUGUGGAUUUGAAAGAUCCGGAGAGUGAAAUGUUUGUGAAAAUUCAAGAACAUGGUUAUCUAGGCCAAAACAUUAUAUCAGAUUUUUUGGUCUUAUCUUACACCAACUGUUUAAAAUUGGUAGAUAUCAAAAGUGCAACUUAUGUACAACAGAUUUCCUUUAAAAGUAGUUUUAAAUUUAAUAGAUUCCGUGUCAACGCAUGCUUUUACAUUGUUUACAAUGAUUAUGAAGACAAAGGUAAUGGUAAACUUUGCAUAUAUGACUUUAGAUGUAAAAUACAGUAGAACCUUGAUAUCUUGACCCUCGAAAAUCCAGACUCUAUAAAAAUCCCAUCCCUCUAAAAGUCAUACCCUACAAGAAUUGUUAGUGUACAUCUGUACAUGUAAUUUCAUAUAAAAGUACAGUACCAAACAGAAAAACUCUGUACUUUACUGUACUUUAAUAUGAAUUUUUGUACAUAUGCAUUAAAUUAUACUAUUACCUAUAUCCAAUUGUUGAUGAUCAUGGAGAGCAUUUCAAAAACUUA